AUGAGCACAAUUAUGAUUAACUUAAAACUCAUUUUCUAUCUUUUUGUCAUAUUUGUUACACAAGUUUCAAGUACUGCUUUACCACAUUUUUUAUUUGGUAGAUCAACAAAAUAUGGUUUGAAUGGAUUUGGAGAAAGAGUUUAUUCUAUAAAUCGUUAUGGUUUAGAAAAACAUUUAGAAUUAGAAAAAUUAGAAAAAAGUGAUUCUAAUCCUUAUCCUGAUGUUCAAACAGGAUGGUUUACUAAUAAAGUUGAUCAUUUUGAUCCAAAUAAUCAAGAUACAUUUCAACAGUUUUAUCAAUAUAAUUCUAAAUAUUAUCAAAAAAGUAAUGUAUAUGAUGUUAUUUUUAUGAUGGUUGGUGGUGAAGAUCCAAUAUCUGCAAAAUGGGUACAAGAACCUGAAAUUCAAUAUAUAAAAAUGGCUGAAUAUCAUGGAGCAUAUAUUUAUCAACUUGAACAUAGAUUUUUUGGACAAUCAAUUCCAUAUGGUAAUAUGAAUAUGACAAAUGUUAAAUAUUUUACCACUGAACAAGCUCUUGAAGAUUUAGCUACAUUUAUUAAAGCUGCCAAUGCAAACUUUACCAAUCCAAGAUGGGUUAUUUUUGGUGGAUCAUAUCCAGGUGCAAUGACAGCAUGGUUUGCAGCAAAAUAUCCAUCUUUAUAUGUUGGUGCUGUUGCCAGUUCAGCACCAGUUGAAUUAAAACUUGAUUUUUAUGAAUAUGCAAUGGUUAUGCAAAAUACUAUUAAAAGAGAAGGUCAAAAUUGUUAUGAUGUUGUAAAUGCUUCAUUUGAUGCUCUUAAAAAAGCUACAUUAACACCUCAAGGACGUGCACAUAUUAAUCAAAUAUUUAAUCUUCAACCAUCUUUUAAUGAAUCUACACUUACACAAUUAGAUUUAACAAAUUUCUUAGCUAAUGUUUUUUCUGUAUUUCAAGGAAUUGUUCAAUAUACUUAUGAUGGAAGAGAUGAUACAACAAAAAAUAUAUAUACAACAAAAACAAUGUGUAACAUGAUGAUUAAUAGUAUUGGACCAUUAGGAUAUGAAAAUAUUGCUUCUAUAUUAAGAUGGACAAAUCAAGUAUAUGGAAUGCCAGUUAAUUCACCUUUACCAAAUAGUUAUUGGGAUUCAAUUGUUGAACUUAGACAAACAGAUUAUAAAUUUGGAGAUGAUGAUAAUACAGAUGCUAUGGCAGCUCGUGGAUGGAUGUGGUUAUGUUGUAAUGAAAUGGGAUGGCUACAAACAACAGAUCAAGGAAGAAAUAUUUUCCAUCAAUUAAUUCCAUUAAAUUUUUAUGUUAACAUGUGUACAGAUAUAUUUGAUUCAACUGUUGAUAUUACUUUUAUAAGAGAUAAUAAUAGAAAAGCUAUUAAAUUCUUUGGUGGUGCUGAUAAUUAUCAAGCUAAUAAUGUUAUACUUCCAAAUGGUAAUUUAGAUCCAUGGCAUGCAUUAGGUACAUAUAAAUUAGAUAAUACAACACAUCAAUAUCCAUAUUUAAUUGAUGGUACAGCUCAUUGUGGUGAUAUGUAUCCUGAUUAUGAUGGACAACCCGCAAGUUUAGGACCAGUAAGAGAUUACAUUAGAAAAACUGUAUCAGAUUUUAUCAAAGCCGGAAAUGAACCAUGGUAA